ACCGGAAGUCUUGGUGAGCGCCACAGGAUGUCAGCAGCCGGACUAUAAACACAGGAGGAUUCCGUACAUCGCUGGACACAUGUCUUCACUUAGGUGACACCCUUGGUUUAUGGGAUGAGUGCAGAGAAGGACCUGUAUGCUGUUCUGGGGGCCAGUCCCUCAGACUCAGUGCAGCAGCUCAGACACAGGUACCAGCAGCUGGCCUUACAGUUCCACCCAGACCGCCUCAGAGGUUCUUCAGAAGCAGAGUCCGGUGUGAAGAAGUUUCUGGAAGCUGAUGCAGCCUGGAGGAUUCUGAGCGACCAGAACACCAGGAGAGAGUAUGACCUGCAGAGGAGAGCUCAGGAACUGAAACAGGAUUGGCCGGUGGAUUGUACAGUGUGUCUGGAGGACAUGACCUGGGACGAGGAGGAGUGUGUGUACACAUACGGCUGUCGCUGUGGAGGAGGAUUCAGCGUCUCAGAGGAGGAGGUAGAGGAGGAGACACAGAGGAGGCAGCAGGAGGAGGAGGAGGAGCAGAAAACAGAUGGAGGAGUGGUGGUGUGCUGUGAUACAUGUUCCCUCAGUGUGUGUGUCACGUGGUCAUUACACAGAAAGACCCAGUAACAGUCACACCUCGGACACUGACGUCAACAUUACCCUGCUUGGAGGAGGACACCAAAGGAUGGACGUGUUGGUUGUGGAAGAGGACAGUUUCUCCAAAGCUUGUGUUCAGCAGGGUUUGAAGCAAGGCCUCAAAGCAGCAAUAAAUCAGCUCACUGAGGACACGUACUGUAUGAAGGUGGCAGAUUUUAUGUGGAAUUGUGUGAAGGUAAAUGUUGCUUUUUCACCCUUCUCCUUGUGGACAUUGACAGCACAUCUCUGACCUGGGACCUGCUCUUCAGCCAUGGCCUGACAGGGUCCAGUUCAUCUUAACUGAAUACAUAUGUUUAACUUAGUUUAUGGGUGCUUUGAUAAACGUGUGCUGUUAUUUUGAAAUUUGAAGAGAACUCUUGUUACUCUACAUUACAUUUCAUUUAGCUGAAGCUCUAAUUCAAAGCGACUUACAAUGAAUGCCUUCAACAAAGCAGAAAACUACUCCAAAAGCGCAGGUACAUUAUCUUUUGAAGGUCAAACCAUAGUUAGUGCUGCUGCAUUGGCUUUAAAGAAGCAACACCUUUCUAAGUGACACAUUCUGAAGUGGGUUUUUUAAUUGCCAAGCUCCUUUGAUAUAUCUUUUGCUAAAAGUUUACCAAAGUCAUUGAAAUUGUAGUGUAUUAUUUUAUUAUAACCUCUUAUUUAUUGUAUGGUAUGUAUAGGCAUUGAAAUGAUACAAUCAUGAUUGUGAUAAAUACUAUGGAAUAAUAAAUUGCUGUUUUUUCUA